GCCAAGGACAGGAUGCUCGAGGCCAGGCGUUCCCAAGGCUGCUGCACGUCGGGAGGGUCUUGGCGGCAAACGACGCUCCCAAAUAUCCCGCCGCGGUUUUCUCCAUUAAACGUUCAGUGAGGUUGUAACGUCAGGCAGCCACAUGAGCCUCGCGGCGAGCGCGCGCGCGGAGGGGAGCCAGCCGGUUCUGUGUGGGAGGCCGCUGCCCGGGGCCCGCCUCUGGGCCUGCCCGCCUGGCGCCGCGGUUGUCCAGGUGCCUGGAAGGGCGCGGGACUCACGGGCGCGGCCCCUCCCCUCCCCUCCCCUCCCCUCCCGGGCGGCCCAGUCUGCCGGCGCCCCCGCAGCGCGCCCUCAGUCCGCGCUGGGCCGUUAGGCGAGGCGGCGGCGGCGGCGGCGGCGGCGGCGGGAUGGAGGCCCCUGAGGCGGGCUGGGCGGUGUGGUCGGCGGCGUUCUGGCGGCGGCUGUCGGGGCCGGCGGAGGAGCGGGCGCUGCGCGGGCUGAGCGUGGGGCUGGGCUGCUGCAUGGCGGCGGCGGCGCUGGCGGGGCGCUCGGUGCGCGUGCCCUACGGGCGCUACUCGGGGGCGCUGCUGCUGGGCGGGCGGGUGCCGGCGCGGCCGGCCUGGGUGCUGCAGGAGGCGCCCUCCUUCCUGCUGCCGCUGCUGCUCGCCCUCCGCAGCGACGGCGCGCAGCUCCACCGCUGGCCCAACCGCCUCCUGCUCGGCCUCUUCCUCGCCCACUACGCCUACAGGUCAUUCAUCUUUCCUUUCUUAAUUCGUGGAGGGAAGCCGACACCGAUCAUUACCUGUGUACUAGCUUUUGCCUUCUGCUCCUGUAAUGGAUACUUGCAAGGCCGGAGUUUGAGUAACUAUGCAGAAUACCCCUCAGGCUGGCUGACAGAUCCCCGUUUCAUUCUAGGUGUUGCAGGAUGGGUCAGCGGCCUGCUGAUUAAUAUAUGCUCAGAUCAUAUUCUAAUAAAUCUCAGGAAGCCGGGAGAGACAGGCUAUAAAAUACCGAGAGGAGGACUGUUUGAAUAUGUGAGUGGAGCAAAUUUUUUCGGGGAGAUAGUCGAAUGGUCUGGGUUUGCUCUUGCUUGUUGCACGGUGGAAAGCGCCGUUUUUGCCUUGAGCUCAUUCCUGAUCUUAAGUACCCGAGCACAGCACCAUCAUCAGUGGUACCAUGAAAAGUUUGAAAACUACCCGCAAUCCAGGAAGAUUCUGAUUCCAUUUGUGUACUAAGUUUGUCCUGACCUUGCUAAUCCUGAAUCUCUUUUGGGAUGGCACCUAUUCUGAAAAAUAAAUGCUGGUUAACUGGAUUCUCCUACGUUCCGAUUCUUCAGGGAAACUCUUAUUAAUGCAGACAUUUUGCUGAAUGACGUUGCAAUAACAUGUUCAGUUAGCCAUGGCUUACUUGAGGCUGAUGAAGUCUUGGUUGGGGAACCGAAUAACGUUUCAGGAACCAAAAUCCUGUACAUGCAAUUGGGGGCGGUGGGGAUGGCAUCGUUUAUUUGCUUGUGACCACUGUUGGUUGCCAAGUCGGGAAACAAAUUCAAACUUACAGUAUAAUGCUCAGAGCAAAGUGUAAAAUCACCUGCACAUUUUACAAUGCAAAAACAGCCAGUUAUAAAAUCAUUAGAUCUGCUGGCCUCAACAUCAAUAAAUAAUAUGGUUUCCGCUAACCAUAAUACAUUUAUUUCUCAUUUUAUGCUGCUAAAGGAGUUACAUUAUGAAUGAUAUUUGUCUUACUCAGCCAACCCCCCCAAACAACAACAACAACAACAACAACAACAACAACAACAACAACAACAACAACAACAACAACAACAACAACAACAACAACAACACUCCAGACAGAGAGAUGUUCCCCUGGAGAAUAUGGCAGCUGAAGAGAGCAUUCCUGCUGAUAUCCUUUUCCUGUCCAAACCCCUCGAUCUCCAGAUAUCCCUCAGAUGGCAACUUUACCUGCGACCACGACAAAAACGUAAGCCACAAUGUUUUCAUUUAUAAACAAAGGUCAGCAGAAGGCCAAAAUACAGCAGUACCUUCCCUCUGGACAAGAAAAGAUUACUUGAAAGCAGAGAACUAAUAGAUGCUCUUUUCAAACUAUACUUCAAACCAAUAACAUCUUCAGCAAUGAGAUUGUGAUAUAUUUUUCACAAGAAUUGCAUAUUUUUGAAACUGACUUCAAUCCAGGAAAAUUCUCUUAGCGGAAUAAGGCUUCCCUACCUCAGCAGCUAGUCUUUUCCCAUCACUUACUUUGUAAGCAACAUGUUGGACAGAGUACGCUUCUCUACAGCAGAUUUGUCUUCACUGAAACUGGAUUUAUAUUCUGCGGUAAUUCUCUGGUCUUCUGCCCAAACCUAAUAUUUUUAAAAAUAAGAUUUAAUUUUUUAAUGAAUAGAAACAGAAUAGGAAAAAG